UUUGGGAAUGAUUCCAAUAACUUCUCUGUGUCUCUUUUUGUUGUAUUCUUGUCAUCCAGUUCAAUUCAAGACAAAUUUGGGAGAGGAGACAAAAACAAAGAAAAUAUUUUUUUACUUCCAUUAAAAUUUAUAAAAUUUCUAUUGCCUUUGUCUUCCUGGCAUCUGUUCAUAUGCUUCAAGUCCAUCAGAAGCUAACUCUGGUACGACUUUGAAAUCAUCCAACACAUGAGGAUCACUAUAAAAAACAUAUCUGUCCCAAUCCAUCGAAUUUUUAUUUCCCUAUUUAGUAUUUUUUAUUUGUUAAAAAAAAAAGGAAGGAAAGGGCAACAAGAGCAAGAAAAUGUAACCGUCCAUUCUGUUUAAAAGGUGUUAUGACCAACUUGGAGUACAAUACGUAUAGAAGUAUUCUUAUGUUGAGCAAACUUGUGGAGAUUUCCUAGAGUUAGGUGAGGCCUAGGGAUAUCCUAACUAAUCUACAACAAAGAGAUGAGUUAAAUUAUUGAGACAUCGAGAUCAUAUACAAUGCAAAGCAGAGAUAAACUGAAUGAAUAUACAGAGAGGUCGCAGGUGAAAUGAAUGUUGAAGGGUAGGGAGAAAAAGACCCAAUGGCUACACGGGUAAGCCUUGGGAAUGAAACUGAGUGGGUAGGUGGGAAAAUAUGAUAUUUGGAUUUGAGUAGGUCAAGAAAUCAAAUGGGUAGGGAAUAAAAAGAGAUCAAGCAAAAGACAAAUGAUAUGUACAAGAAAUGGGGACUCACUAUAAAAUGCAGGUAAAGCAACAGAGAGGUUGAUGUAUUGCAAGAAAUGGGGGGGUGAAGAAAUGAGCACUAGAAAGGAUUUUGGUGGCUCUCUCCCUGUUGCAAAUGUCCAAGCUCUUGCUUCCGACAAUUCUGGUGACAUACCAAUCCGGUACCUCCGGCCAGAACUCCAGUCAGAAGAAGUUUUGGUGGAUGAGUCUCCCCACAUUCCCAUCAUAGAUAUGAGGAAGCUCAUGGUUGAUGAUGAUGAAAUGGAAAAACUCCAUGUUGCCUGUAAAGAUUGGGGCUUCUUUCAGUUAAUCAAUCAUGGGGUAGAAGAAGUAAUUGAGAAAAUGAAGAUGGAUGUCCAAGAAUUCUUUAAGCUACCUCUAGAGGAGAAGAAUGCAUAUGCACAGCCACCAAAUAGCAUUGAAGGUUAUGGUCAAGCCUUUGUUGUUUCUCAAGACCAGAAGCUUGAUUGGGGUGACAUGCUUUUCCUUCAUCCUUUGCCAGCCUCUCUAAGAAAUAUGAGACUAUGGCCUGAGAAUCCCACUUCUUUCAGGGAAACAUUGGACAAUUACUCCUCAGAGCUGCAUAGAGUUUCAAUCAACCUUCUGAGGUCAAUGGCCAAGAACCUGGAGGUAAAUCCCGACAAGCUUGCAAGCAUGUUUGAGGAUGGCACACAGGGAGUUAGGAUGAAUUAUUAUCCACCUUGUGUGCAUGCAGACAAGGUUAUGGGCCUCACUCCCCACUCUGAUGCCACAGGAGUCACCCUACUAGUUCAAGUCAAUGAAGUGCAAGGUCUGCAAAUCAAGAAAAAUGGCAAAUGGGUUCCCAUUAAACCUGUCCCUGAUGCAUUAGUUGUCAACAUUGGUGACAUCAUUGAGAUCAUGAGCAAUGGGGAAUACAAGAGCAUAGAGCACAGAGCGGUGGUGAAUCCAGAAAAAGAACGCCUCUCCAUUGCCGCAUUUCACAGUCCAGAUCAUAGGACCAUGAUUGGUCCUCUGCCAGACCUUAUAAAAGAGAACAGCUCAAACUAUAAGACUAUAAGUCAUGAUGACUUUGUAAGAAUUCUUGUAACCAGAAAACUUGAUGGUAAGAGUUUAUUAGGACACAUGAAAUUUGCAGAUUGAUUCAUGUUCAGCAACAAGAAUUUCAGUUGAAUAAUGAAUGUUCUGAUACAAGUUCAAUUUCCUGAACUGGCUGCUGAAUAGGCAAUGGUGGUUGAAUCCAUGAUAAAUGAAGGAUAUUCAGCUUUUGGGUAGCUUCA